GCUGCGGUCCCUAGUUCUGACAGUCCCCUGUGGCCCACAGGUGGCACUGCUCGGGCUUCUUUCGGGCUGGGGAUGUCCGAGUCUCGGCGGAGAGGUUCUCCCAAGAAUACUGGGACCUUCAAUGGCAGGAGACGGAGUGAUCAGAAGACCGAGAUGAAUUUUAACACUAUUCUAGAAGAGAUUCUUAUUAAAAGGUCACAGCAGAAAAAGAAGACAUCACCCUUAAACUACAAAGAGAGACUUUUUGUGCUGACGAAGUCCAUGUUAACCUACUAUGAGGGCCGAGCAGAGAAAAAAUACAGAAAGGGAUUUAUUGAUGUUUCAAAAAUAAAGUGUGUGGAAAUAGUGAAGAAUGAUGACGGUGCCAUUCCCUGCCAAAAUAAAUACCCGUUUCAGGUUGUUCAUGAUGCCAACACACUUUACAUCUUUGCACCUAGUGCAUACAGCAGGGACCAGUGGGUGAAGAAGUUAAAAGAAGAAAUAAAGAACAACAACAAUAUAAUGAUUAAAUACCAUCCUAAAUUUUGGGCAGAUGGAAGUUAUCAGUGUUGUAGACAAACUGAAAAACUAGCACCUGGAUGUGAAAAAUAUAAUCUUCUUGAGAGUAGUAUCAGAAAAGCACUACCUCCAGCUCCAGAAACAAAGAAGCGAAGGCCUCCCCCACCAAUUCCACUGGAAGAAGAAGAUAACAGUGAAGAAAUAGUGGUAGCUAUGUAUGAUUUCUACGCGACAGAAGCACAUGAUCUCAGAUUGGAGAGGGGCCAGGAGUAUAUCGUAUUAGAAAAGAAUGAUGCUCAUUGGUGGAAAGCAAGAGACAAGUAUGGGAGUGAAGGAUAUAUCCCAAGUAAUUAUGUAACAGGAAAGAAAUCAAACAACUUAGAUCAAUAUGAAUGGUAUUGCAGAAAUAUGAACAGAAGCAAAGCAGAACAACUCCUCAGAAGUGAAGAUAAAGAAGGUGGUUUUAUGGUGAGGGAUUCCAGUCAACCGGGCAUGUACACAGUCUCCCUUUAUACAAAGUUUGGAGGAGAAGGCUCAUCAGGCUUCAGGCAUUAUCACAUAAAGGAAACAACCACCACCCCCAAGAAGUAUUAUCUGUCAGAAAAACAUGCAUUUGGUUCCAUCCCUGAGAUUGUUGAGUAUCAUAAGCACAAUGCAGCAGGACUUGUCACGCGGCUUCGGUACCCGGUUAGCACAAAGGGGAAGAACGCACCAACCACGGCGGGAUUCAGCUACGAAAAAUGGGAGAUCAACCCUUCGGAGCUGACCUUCAUGAGGGAAUUGGGGAGUGGACUGUUUGGAGUGGUGAGGCUUGGCAAGUGGCGAGCGCAGUACAAAGUAGCAAUCAAAGCUAUCCGGGAAGGCGCGAUGUGUGAGGAAGAUUUUAUAGAAGAAGCUAAAGUGAUGAUGAAACUGACACACCCGAAGUUAGUGCAGCUUUAUGGUGUGUGCACCCAGCAGAGACCAAUUUACAUCGUUACCGAGUUCAUGGAAAAGGGCUGCCUUCUGAAUUUCCUCCGACAGAGGCAAGGUCACUUUAACAGAGAUGUGCUGCUGAGCAUGUGUCAAGAUGUGUGUGAAGGGAUGGAGUACCUGGAGAGGAACAGCUUCAUCCACAGAGACCUGGCUGCCAGAAAUUGUCUAGUAAAUGAGGCGGGAGUGGUGAAGGUAUCUGACUUUGGAAUGGCCAGGUACGUCCUGGACGAUCAGUACACAAGCUCUUCCGGUGCUAAGUUUCCUGUGAAGUGGUGUCCACCUGAGGUGUUUAAUUACAGCCGCUUCAGCAGCAAGUCGGAUGUCUGGUCGUUUGGUGUCCUAAUGUGGGAAGUAUUCACUGAAGGCAGAAUGCCCUUUGAGAAGAACACCAACUAUGAAGUGGUAACCAUGGUUACUCACGGCCACCGACUCCACAGGCCGAAAUUGGCCUCCAAAUACAUAUACGAAGUGAUGCUGAGGUGUUGGCAGGAGAAACCAGAGGGAAGGCCUUCCUUUGAAGAUUUGCUGCGCACGAUAGAUGAACUAGUGGAGUGCGAAGACACUUUUGGAAGACAAGGAGUGUUGUGACCAGUGGCUUUCAGCUUCCAAAGCACAAGGAAGAAAUGGCACUUGGUGGAUAACUUAAUUUAUUUAGUACUUGGAUGUCUAGAUGGUUUUACUUAUAAAGUAACAACACCUAAAGCAUCUGCUUUUUGACCAUCCUUAGCUGCAUGACUGAAUCUUCCAGACUGAGGAGACGCUGCCUUAGAGAU